GCUGUCUGCUAAUUGGUUGCGUUGGUGUCUCCUCAGGGAAUUGACGUCCCGCCCCGUGACGCCAGUAGCCAGCCAAGACUCAGGCCGUAUCAAUCCGCCCCCAUAAUGCCUUGCGUGGCGGGUUCUUUGAUAGAUGGCACGGCGGUUUUGGGCGCGAGAGAAGGUCGGCGCCAGAUCUUACUACAUGGAGUAUGAAAGGGAAGAAGGCAUUCUGGUGUAAAAGUAAUUGCGUGGGACACUCCUUUUCGCCUCUGGAGCACGCUGCCACCACCUCCAACUCCUCCAAAAGCAUCUCUCUCUUCUUCUGGGCCUGCCGACAGCCUCAUCCAGUUCCUUUGCUCCAUAAGCCCCGGGACCUCUCCUCUGCCUCCUUUGGAAACAGCCCUGAUUUGCAAUAGAAUCCGUCGCUGUGCCACCAAUCAGAUCUUGCUUUGGCAGAACAAUUUCAAACAGCGCAAACAACUUUUAAUGGUCUCACCAGCAGUUCCAAAAUAGCUUGCCAUACCAGCAAUGACUAUCUGUCAUAUGUCACCUUAGUCCCACCAUAUCGGUCAAACACAUUAAAAGCUUCCCGAUCAUGUGGCCUAUAUCCAUUAGUGGGUUUCAAAUAUGAAACAACCAUUUUUCUGGAUGCUGCUUCCAGAAGUCCAUUCUUGGUCUGGGCAACAAAAAAUUAGCUACCGCUUCUGCUAAAGUGGUGCGAACUGGCUGAAUCCCACCACUGCCUAUAUCCCUUCUAUCCCUCCAAAAACCUUUCACCUUCGAGAGCCAAUGGAGCCACAGCCAAUCCAGGCGCCACCAUCUUAGAACUUAACUCCGUAUAUUCAUUAUAUUUUGUAAUUCUUAUAAAUAACAUUAUAUUGAUGUAAAUAUCUUCAUUUGUUCUGCCUUACUUCAGCCAAUUCUUUUCUAUGUCUGGAAUUGUUUCUUAUUUUAGAAGAAUAUUAUAAUAAAUCUCACUCAAGUACAGCUGCAAAGGAUUUUACUAUGAAACAUUUUAAUGAUUUUGUUGUGAAAAAUAUGCCUUGAUGAUUUCACUCUUUCUUAUUCUGAUAAAGGAGUCAAAGAUUUUAAAAUGUUCUUUGGAUCAGAAAUAACAGAAGAAUCCUGUAGUGGAAUUCAGAGAAACACCAAUCUUAAUACAAUGGAAUCUAGUUAACAAAAAAAUGUUGAUGGAUCAGCAAGAGAAACUGUUGUCUUAUAAUGGGAUACUGCUUCUUUUCCAAUUAUCAAGAGGGAACAAUUCACAGAGUGAUGAUACCACAAUUACUACAUUGCAUGUGAAAAGAAUGACAUUUGACAAUGACACUAAAUUGUUUAAUGAGGUGUCUACUGGAUCAUUUUGCAUAUAUGAUGAAAAUAUUGAAAUUAUUCACUGCAGUAAUGCAUCUGACUUCAGAACUGGAAUUCUUCAACCUUAUAUUCUUUUGAAAAAGAAGAAAAAGAAAAAAAAUAAAUAUAUACUAUUGUUGCUUCAUAUCCAUAAUAAAUUUGAACUGGUUCUGCAGUUUAAAUUAGACUAUGCAAUCCAAGAACCUGUAAAAUUAUUGGCUGGUCCAACAAUAAUAUGGUAUUAUGAAGGACAUCUGUUACAUAUUUCUCCCCAAACUGGAACUGUUUUAUGUGCCCCUAUUCAGUUUUCUUCUAUCCAAUGGGCUGGUCAAGUUAAGAGUGAGGGUACAGUUGUUUUAGGAACCAGAGCUGCUGGUUUUCCAGGAGACAAUAAGCAAAGUAAUGCUAGCUCAGACCUGGCCAUCUGGGGAUAUGAGUGUUUUGCAUAUGGAGUUGACAAACAAAAAGUACUGUUGAAUGCUAGUUUUUUGCCUCACGCUUAUGGCAGUGUGGUGCGUUGUGUAUACGUUUGCAAAAUUGAAGUAAGAAGAAGCAAGUAUAAGACGUCACUGAUUGCAGUUACUUCCAAAGGCCAAUUGAUUUUCUUUCAGGAUGGUUGGCCUAAACAUCUUCUGCAGCUUCCAUAUGAAAAUCCUUUUUCAGUACAAAUAGCUGCAGUGGAUGGAGAUCGUCAAUUAGUAAUCGUGACAUUUGCUUCCGGAGAUGUAUGUGCUAUAUGGAAACAUAACUUGCAGGUGGCUUCUUGCUGGAAGAAUGUGAAAUCUGUUCUGGUAGAUGAUUUUGCUGGUAUUGGAACUGAACAAAUCUUAGUAUUUUUAAAGAGUGACUCUGUUUCAGAAACACUAAAGGCAUUUCAAAUAGCAGAUUUUGGAAAUAUUAAUUAUGAGAGUAAUGUAAACUAUGGAAAUGUCUUGUCUUCUGCUGAAGAGAUACAAGAGAAUCGCCUUCUUACUAUCAAAGCACUUGAAGCACGAUUACAGGCUGGUUUUGCAUCUGUUCGAACCAUUCAACAACAUUUACGCCUCAAAGAAAAAGUUCUGAUUGAAAGCUGUCAUGCAUUAUUAGAUCUUGUUCAAGAUAGGAAACAAAGAAUUCCUAGGAUCAAAAAGGAAAAUCUUAUUUCUCUUUGGGAUGAAAGAGAGGAGGAAUUUCAUAAUGGUUCAUUGACUCCAACUGAAGAUGAAAAACAAAUUGUAAAAAACAUUUGGUAUCGUGUGGUGGAUAACCAGUUAAUAGUUGGAGUAGAAAUCAUGGAAACAUUUGACUUCAGGCAACUCAGUGAUGGUAGUUUAUCUCUGAUAAUUGGCCAGAAGCGCCAUUCACUUUCUCCAUCAAAAUGCCACUGUAAAGUAGUUACAGUGACAAAAGCUUCAGAGGCUGAGCCUCUAUCAUAUUGGCACUUGGAACCAUUGCCUAAAAGAAUCAAGUUAAGUUGCCUUAAUGAAGAAAGCAAGUGCAAUGGAAAAGACUCUGAAGUGAAGAGGAAUAAGGCAAAAGCCAUUACAGCAGUUACCCAUCUGUCCCCUUUCUUGGCAUGGCAUGAAAUAACUUGUGUGGUACUGCUUCAUGCAAAGAAGAGUGGUAACAGUGAAAACUGGCAGAAAAGCAAAAGAUUGACUUUACUAUGUGGAGAUUUUUUACUAAGUCUGGUAGAGAUUUCUACUGGAAAACUUUCAAUAAAUUUGAAAGAUUAUAAAUAUCCAGGUUCUACAGAAGAUCUUUUGGCACUCUGUGCAAUAUCACACAAAUCCUCUUUCCAAAUAAUCUCCCCUGAUUGUACAUUGCUUCCAGUAAACAAGUGGCUAUUGGAACAAAUGGAGUGCGUACCAAUCAAGAAAUAUCCUGAUUAUAUGGUUUGCUGGAAAUCUGGAAAUCUGAAUGGCACUCUUUUCAAGUGGAAUCUAAAAACACCUUCUGAAGGAUUUUUAACAAUAUUCUGCAGACAUCAAGUUGCCUUGUUCCAAUGCCUUCAUGCCUUCAUUGGAUUGCUACCACCAACUUGCAAGAUAAAAUUACUGAAGUUAGGAAAUAAGAAUCUACUUGCUGAACAGCUUGGACUGACUUUAAUAAAAGAAACAGAAUUUUUCCAACAAGUUUUAUCAUCAGCUCUAAGACAUACUGAAAAUAACUUUUCUUUGAAAAAUGAAGAAAACAAACAAAAUAAAAGUAGCUCCGCAGUUGAACACUUCAAAGAAGCAUUUAUAAAGGAACAAAAGCCAAGUAUGCUGAGUAUGAAUAGAACAGUGAGUGGUUCCUUAUUCAGAAAACAUAUUUUGAAUGUAUUUGAUUUGCAGAUGAAUUCUGAUAUGGUCUCAUGGCUAUGCUCUUCAUUGUGACUUUAUUUUGCAGUAUUUAUUAACUAGAACUAUAAUUCAUUUAUAAUAUAAUAUAUUUAAAUCUACAUUUAAUUAGCCUGUAAGAUUUUAAAAAAACAAACCUGCUAGUGUUUUAGUUCUAUUUCUAGGAAGUUUCUAUUACAAGAAAAUUAUUUUGCAAAAAUUUCAAGGGCUAUGGACUAUUAUUAUUUGGCUAAGCAGACGUACAUUUACCAAUAUAUAUGCAUUUCUCACAAUUCUGUAUUCACAUAUUGGUUUAUUCUAAAACAGCAAUUAUGAAUCUUUACAGGAGAGGAGAAGGAUAGAGUGAAAUAUUUGAUUUGAUACCAUUUACAGAUAACGGAUCGCAUAGUGGUAUAUCCUGACAUUUGCUAUAAUCAACGUUGAGUUUUUUAAGAUGUGUUACCUAGGAAAAAUCCUGCCACAGAUAGCUGUAUUAGAAUGAUUGAUAGGAACCUUGUUGCAAUGAGAUACUAAGAGCAGCUAUCAAUUGUUGACUUAUUUUUGUACAGAUAAGAUUUGUCACAGCAGGAAUGAUGUAUGAUUGCUUUAGACCAGUGGUUCUCAACCUUUCUAAUGCCGUGACCCCAUAAUACAGUUCCCCAUGUUGUGGUGACCCCAGGGGCAUGGCCAAGUGGGUGUGGCCACCAAGUGGGCGUGGCCUCCAUGUUGU